AAUUCUCGAAAAUUGGGGCGUUACAGGAUGAACCUUCAGACUCGACUGAUCUAAAUGUGGAUGGAAAUGGAUAGGCUAUACAGACUGAGAUUGUGAAUACGGAGAGGAUAUUUUAUAAAACUAAAUUGAUUGGUGAUCCGGUGAGUCAUAAUUUGAUAGUAGAUUUAGAGGAAGAUUUUGAAUUGCAAGAUGGAGGCGUGACCACUGUGCUAAUGGGUGGAGUUCCCUCGAUUACUUUCUCCGAUCGUGUUCAGUAAUUUAUAGCACGAAAAAUCGCCCUAACUGUUAUGGCGAAGCUAUUGGGGAAGAAGGUAGGGUUUAAUACAUUGCUUAAUAAGGUCUCUUUACUUUGGAAACCAUGGGGUUGAUUUCAAUUGAUGGAUUUGGAAAACGAUUUCUACCUCGUUCGUUUCCAGGAUAAGGAUGAUUUUGACAGAAUUCUAAUAGAUGGUCCAUAGGUAAUCUUUGGUCAUUAUCUAACGAGAAGACCUUGGUCCUUAAAUUUCCAGGUUGCUAACACAGAAUUAGAUAAUCAAAUUAUCUGGAUAAGAUUGCCUGGUUUACCAAAAGGAUACUAUUCAGAAAUGCUACUUUGAACUAUAGGGCAAACAAUUAGGCUGAUGAUUAAAAUUGAUGAACAUACAAAUGUAGCAAUACGAAGAAGGUUCGCUCAGUUGGCGGUGUGUGUAGAUCUUAGGAAGUCUUUGAUUUCUAAAGUUUGAAUAAAUGGUAAAACGCAAAAGGUCGAAUACGAAUCUCUGCCAAAUAUCUGUUUUACUUGUGGAUUGUAUGGGCAUACAAUUGCACUUUAUUCAGAGGAAGAGACAUGCAUGAUGGAAAACCCGAUGGACACCACUGUACCAGUUACGGAGGAAUUGGAUCUGAUUAAUAGGGUUGAAAAGGAACCAUUUGGUCCUUGGAUGUUAAUGGAACAAAAAUAGAUAGGAAGGUUUAAAGAGUCUACAAUUGUGGCUAACGGUGGUCAAGACAACUGAUUAAGGGGAUCGUGUUUCUCUAUUCUGGAAGAGGGCAGAAUUGAUAGUGCAGCUGUUAAUCGUGGAUUUGAUUCUAUUGAUAAAGAAAAAAACAACAAGGUUAAGGUGGAUUUGUCGAGAUAUGUGGAAGGGAUGAGUUUGAAGGCAACUGAUGAUGUUAGUGAGAAUAGGAAAAUUGUUUCUAAGGUAAAACAGAAAUAAUAACUAUGGCUAAUGGGCAUAGGAAAAAUCUACAAAUAUUGAGCAAAUUUGGUGAAAUCGGGCUUUGAUGGGCUGUUUGGUAAUUUGAAGACCCAAGUUGUGAAUUUUAAAACAAACCUAAAUAGAAAUAAACACAAAGGUUAUCAUUUUGUUACUGCACAUGAAUUAGGUUUGGGAAAGAAAAUGAAAUGUUUCAGUCUAGUGUUACGGGAAAUGAGAGUAUGGGAAGAGAAAUAGAGGUCAUUGUAGAGGAGGACAUGCACUGUAAGAAACUUCUUGAUAUCGGGCCGACGAAUUAUGAUCAACCUACGGUGGGAAUUUCAAUGGUUAUGGAAGAUAUCAUUCAAGCCAUUGAAACUUCCUCUCAGCAAAACAAACCAUAGGAUCCAUCGAAUUCUUUGAUAGUUGGUAUGGAAGCAGAAAUGAAUCAGAAAAUGGAGUGGUGAGCGUACUACAGUAAUUAUAAGUAGAGUUGGUUUUCCGAACUCAUGUAAGGUUGAAGCGGAAGGCUUUGCAGGGGGAAUUUGGGUUUUCUGAAAAGAUACUGUACAUGUUGAAAUUCUUGAUUUACAACCUCAAGCAAUUCAUAUGAGGACCUGAGGUACUCAUUAUUCUUCUCAAUUUCUUUGUACAACUAUCUAUGCUAGUGCUCAACCGACAAAAAGAAAGAUGUUGUGGGAAUAUUUGGGUCAUUGGCAGAACAAAUUAUUGAGCCUUGGGUUAUUACUGGAGAUUUCAAUGCUAUUUUAGAUUCUUCAGAACAGAUUGGUGGUGCAGAUUCGACAAAAAAUGGAUGUCUGUAUUUUUUGGAAUUCAUGUUUAAUUACAGCAUCCAUGAUUUAGGCUUUUGUGGGUCACAAUUUACUUGGAGUAGAGGGGUCUAUCUCAGUGGUUAGAUCGAGUAGUGGGUAAUGCAACUUUGUUCUCCUUUGUGCCGAAUUGUUAUGUUCUAAACCUUUAUCGUCUAAAAUCUAAUCAUCAUCUGAUUUUACUUUACUUAAAGCUGAAGCAAAGAAGAGGAGUUAGACCCUUUCGUUGUUUGGAGAGUUGGAUGUUACAUGCAAAUUUUAAAGGGUUGUUUUCUCAGAAUUAGAGGAAUGAUGUUUCCAUAAUAGACAAUUUAAAUUAGUUUCAAGUAAAUGUUCAAUACUAGAAUAAGCCAGUUUACGGUAAUAUCUUUCAAAGAAAGCGCCAGUUAAUUUCAAAACUUAAAUGGGUGCAGCAUAUUUUAGAAUUAAGAUACUCUCAGUACCUUUGUAAUAGAGAGUUGGAAACGAGAUAAGAAGUGGAGGAAAUUUUGCAUCAUGAGGUAUUAUUAUGGUUCCAAAAAUCAAAAUCUAAUUGGAUUGUGAAGGGAGACAGGAAUACCAAAAUUUUUUCAUAGUCAUACAUUAGCUAGGGACAUAAUAACAGAAUUAUGGAUCUCAAAAUUGAUGGUGAUGAGUGGCGUUUUCAGUCGACGGAGCUUAAGAAACAUGUUGUAGAGUUUUUCAAAAAUCUUUAUUUUAUAGAUUACAUUGUCCAUAGUGGUCUUUUGUGUAGAGGGCAUUUCCCCGUAUUAUUGCAAAUAGAUAAAAAGAACCUUAGUAUAGUGGUCUCGAAUAUAGAGAUUCGUAAGGCAGUGUUUGAUAUGACGCCACUUAAAGUACCUGAAAUUGAUGGAUUUUAUAGAAAAUUCUACUAAUCACAAUGGGCUAUUGUAGGGCCGGUGGUGUAUAGAAUGGUUUAGCGGGUUAUAGAGGGGCAUCUUUUGGAUCAAAGAUUGAAUAAAACAUUACUUGUUCUUAUUCUAAAAGUUCAAGGAUCUGAGAGGGUUUCGCAGUUUAGACCUUUUAGUCUAUGUACAGUUUACAAAAUUAUCACGAAAGCUAUUGUUAAUAGAUUAAGACUGUUAAUAAUGAAACUGGUUAGUCAAAAUCAAGCCAGCUUUGUGAUGGGAAGAAAUAUUUCGGACAAUAUUAUUGUCACUCAGGAAGUUGUUCAUUCUAUGAAAAACUUUAAAGGAAAGAAGUUUGAGAUGAUCUUCAAAAUCGAUUUAGAAAAGGCGUAUGACAAAUUAAGGUGGGAUUUCCUAAAAGAAAUGUUGUCUACUGUUAGUUUUUCGACUACUCUAAUUUCUGUUAUCCUUAACUGUGUGUCAUCAUCAUCUUUUCAAGUUCUUUGGAAUGAAAUGAUGGCUGAGGCUUUCAAACCCUUCUCGUGGUAUCCGACAAGCAAAUCCCCUAUCGCCUUAUUUAUUUGUUCUGUGUAUAAAGUUGAUGGGGCAUCUAAUCAAUAAAGAGGUUAAUAAAAAAAGAUGGGUUCCGUUGAGCUUGUCUAAGAAGGGGUAGAAUCUUUCUUAUUUAUUUUUUGCAGACGACUUCUUGUUAUACUACGAGGCUAAUUUGGGAAAAGCUGAUAUUGUUACUGAUAUUCUAAAUAAAUUUUGCUACUACUCGGGACAGAAGGUGAAAAAAGCUAAAUUCUAAAUCUUUUUUCACCUAAUGUUCUAGAUGAAUUAUCUUCAGCUAUUUGUAGGAAAAUGGAGUUUGUGUGCACUGAUGAUCUAAGGAAGUACCUUGGCAUGCCGAUUUUACAUGGAAGAGUUGGUAUUCAGUCAUUUGAGUUUGUUGUGAAGAAGGUCUGUGACAAGUUGAAUGACUGGGUUGCAAAGAGGCUUUUGUUGGCCGGUCGGGUUACGCUAGCAAAAGUAGUACUCCUGUCUAUUUUAAACUAUUUCAUGGCAACGGCCCAGUUACCGGUUUUAGCCUGUAGAGAAAUUGAAAUAUUGGCUCAGAAUUUCAUUUGGGGAUCUACGGUUGAGAUAAGAAAACCGACACUAAUUCAUUGGGAUGUUUGUUGUACUCCUAUGGUUGUGGGUAGGCUUGGUAUACGUAGCUUAAUGGACCAAAAUAAAAUUUUCUUAUUGAAAUUAGGAUUCCAGUUGCUUAUGAAGACAAAAGCCUUAUGGGUACAAGUUGUGAAAAACAAGUAUAGUUUGUAUAGAGUUUUACCAACUGAUAUCUCAAGAAAUAAUUGUUCAUUCUUUUGAAGGUCGCUCAUAAAAUUUUGGCCAAAAGUACUUGAAAAUGUUUAUUGGGCAAUAGAGGAUGGGUGUCUGAUGAAUUUUUAGAAUGACCUUUGGGUCCUUCAGGUGGGCAUUUUGAAAACAUAACAUACUGGAGGGUCAAGAUUGGAUGAUACUCUUCAAGUCAGUGAUUUGGUGGAUGAUAAUGGUAAUUAGGAUUGGAGAUAUCUAAGAAAUUUACUUCUUGAUAAUAUUAUUUUGCAAAUAGGCACAAUAGUCCCAUCUUCGUUGGAUGCUAGGCCAGAUUGUCUUGUAUAGAAAUGGGUGACUGGAGGAAUGUUCUCUGUAUCUGAAACUUUUAAGGAACUCCAUCAGUUUGAUUUGGGUGUCAAUGUACGUAGUUGGAAAAUGAUCUGGGAAGCAAGAGUGCCUCAAAAAGUUAGAAUGUUCAUGUGAACUCUAUGGCAUGAGAGAAUUUUGACUAAUAAUGAAAGGGUAAUGAGACACAUGACAAAUGAUAGAAGUUGUGGGAGGUGUAACCAUGUUGAUGAAUCAGGUAUCCAUGCUUUACGUGAUUGCAGUUUCGCUAAAGCGGUGUGAUUGUCGAUUGUGCCGAAAAAUAAUCAAGUACAAUUUUUCUCCUUUUCGUUUCAAGACUGGUUGCUGUGGAAUUUACAAGUUAUAGGUAUUUAUAAUUAUCAUGUUAUUGAAUGGAAAAUGUUCUUCCCAAUAAUUUUUUGGCUAUUAUGGGAAAAUAAGAACACGUAUUUGUUUUCGACGGGCCAUAGUUGUGGUCAGGAAAUUGUGGAUACAGGCAUAAGUUGGGCAAGAAAUUAUAAGUGGUUGAACAGAGCACGAUUGCAUGACAGUUCAAGGUGACAACCAAUCAGUGGGCAUGUUUGACUAGAGGAUGGAUUAAACUUAAUACGGAUGGAGCUGUAUCGAGAAAUAGCUCAUUUGCAAGCAUUGGGGGAGUGUUUAGAAGUGUCGACAGCAAGUGGUUAGGUGGUUUUUUGAUGAAGUUAGGAAAGGAUUCAAUUUUUAAGAUUGAGGCAAAAGCCUUACUUGAAGGCCUACUUAUAUCAUGGAGGAAAAGUUAUCAACAGUUGGAAGUGGAAUGUGAUAAUGCUCUCUUAGUUGAAUUGAUUUUAGCUGGCGGAGUUGCAUAUAGUCAUUUGACUGAAAUGUAUCUUAUCCAUCAUUUAUUGAGUCGAAAUUGGAAAGUCCUUGUUCGUCAUAUUCUGAUGUCGCAAACUAUAGUAGCUAAUCAUAUGGCCAAGUGUAUGAUGACUAAUUCUACAAAAAUUCAUUGGUUUGAAAAACCCCCCGCAAUCAGUUAAAAGUUUAAUUAAGGCAUAUUAUGUUCUUACUUUAAGUCACUAGUGUAAUUUUUUGAAUUUUUCACUUUAAGAUAUCAUUUUUCCAAAAAAAUUAUAAAAGUAAAAGUUAAAAAUAAUUUAAAAUUUUCGGUUUAAAAAUAUGAUUAAUUUAAAAAAGUUACUUUGGAUUUGAAAUUAUGAUUUGAUGGAGCUAGAAUUAGAUUUCCGACGCUUGGUUAGGGGGGAAAACUGUUUAUUUCCCACAUUAAAACUUUGACUCUUCGUUUCUAUCAAUUUUACAGCCCAUUUGAAAAGAAAACCUUCUGAAAUCAGUCCUUCACCCCCCUUUUUCUUUCCCUAUAAAACCAUCAAACAAACAAACAAGUAGCAUCCCCCCCCCCCCCACUCUCUCUCUCUCUUAAUGGCACCAAAGCGUUCAAACCCUGUUGAAGUCCCAGCACCCGCUUUUUCAUCUGAAGAAGAUGAAAAGGUGACUUCUUCUGAGGAAGUAGAAGAAGAAGGGUCUUCAACUGAGGAAGAAGGUGAGGAAGACUCCAAAACCAAGCCUACUCCAUUGAUCCACAAUACCCCACCACCCAGAAAGCUUGAAACAGCUAAUGAUGAAUCUGAUGAAUCCGGUUCUGAUUCCGAAUCUGAAUCCGACACCGCUCUACCGGUUGCUAUUGCGACGAAACCCGGAUCGAAUAAGCCCUUGGCUUCUUCAUCUAAACGGCCUGGGGAGUCUGGGUUGGAUGCCAAAGAAGGGAAACGACCCAAGAAGAAGGUUGGGGGAGAAGGGAUGGCUACUGCACCUGUUGUGGAGGAGGUGAAAAGGACUGGUGAAGAUGCAAAGAAGCUGCUGUUCCAGCGGUUGUUCAGUGAAGAUGAUGAGAUUGCUUUGUUGAAAGGUAUGUUGGAUUAUUCUGCUAAAACAGGGGCUGACCCUCAUACUGAUAUGAAUGGGUUUUAUGACUUCGUUAAGAAAUCGAUUCAUACUAAUGUUAGCAAAGUACAAUUGAUGGAUAAGGUUAGAAGACUAAAGAAAAAAUUCAAAAACAAUGUUGGUAAAAAUAAGAAGGGUGAGGAUCCAACUUUCUCUAAAGCCCAUGAACAAAAAGCUUUUGAGUUGUCGAAAAAGAUUUGGGGAGUUAGUGGAAAAGUUGAGUCUUCAACUGCCAAGUCGAAUGGGAAAGCCAAGGGGAAUAACAAGGCAGUGGCAGCAUUGAAAGCUGAGUUGCCUUCUUCAUCCGAUAAGAAAACAGACAAUGCGGUGCCAAUAGAGGUCGAUAAUGUGGUGUCUAAGAGUUCCAGUAGUUUGCUUGAUAUGAAAUUUAGUGUCUCUGACACGGAAGUAGGAGUUGUAAAGGUCGGGUUGGAUAUGGUUGAUGGUGAAAAGAAGGCUGCUUUGGAGGCAAAAUGGAGGAAAUUGCAAAUGGCGCAGUUGGACUUGUUUGUUGAGCGAACUGAAUUUGUGACUGAGCAAGCUAAGUUGGCGCUGAAAUAUUACAAGUCCGAAGACGAAUAGAUUGGCAAGCAAUGAAAUUUUUUAACUUCUGUGAUUAUUAGGUAAGUAAGAUGCCUUUGGUAACUUUAGGAUGGUAUUUUUGUCUUGCACAGAGAUUAACUUAUGCUGUUCAGCAUAUUUGGAAGUGCUUAAUCCUUUUGUUUCAUGUUAUGGUAAUAUAUUUUGUUUGUUGGUCUGCUGCAA